CCUCUCGGUUAGGACCUCGGAGAGCGCCAGGCACCAGGACCAGAGGGACCCGGAGAAGCGGCCGGAGCCGGGCUGGACCGUCGCCCGCCUGCGCGCCCGCAGCCUCCGCGCCCUCCGCCUCCCGGGCUGGCCGGCGGCUUGGCUGGCGGCGUCUGAGGAAGUGUUUAAAAUGAAGAAGUUUAAUUUCCGAAAAGUUUUGGAUGGCUUAACUGCCUCUUCUCCGGGCAGUGGGAGCAGCAGUGCCAGCAACAGUGGUGGCGCUGGCAGUGGCUCCGUCCAUCCAGGAGGGACUGCAGGGGUCCUCAGGGAGGAGAUCCAGGAGAGCCUGACUUCCGAAUAUUUCCAGAUCUGCAAGACAGUUCGGCAUGGUUUUCCUUAUCAGCCCACAGCACUGGCCUUUGAUCCAGUCCAGAAAAUCUUGGCUAUUGGAACAAGAACAGGUGCUAUACGAAUACUUGGGAGGCCUGGUGUUGACUGUUACUGCCAGCAUGAAAGUGGUGCAGCUGUCCUGCAGCUCCAGUUCCUCAUCAAUGAGGGUGCUUUGGUUAGUGCGAGUUCAGAUGAUACACUUCAUUUGUGGAAUCUGAGACAGAAAAGGCCAGCCAUUCUUCAUUCCCUUAAGUUUAACAGAGAACGAAUUACUUACUGUCAUCUACCUUUCCAGAGUAAAUGGCUCUAUGUUGGAACAGAAAGAGGAAAUACACAUAUUGUAAAUAUUGAGUCUUUCAUUCUUUCUGGAUAUGUCAUCAUGUGGAACAAGGCAAUUGAACUAUCUACCAAGACUCACCCAGGCCCAGUUGUUCAUCUAAGUGAUAGCCCAAGAGAUGAAGGAAAACUGCUGAUAGGUUAUGAAAAUGGUACUGUAGUAUUCUGGGACUUGAAAUCUAAAAGAGCAGAACUAAGGGUUUAUUAUGAUGAGGCUAUUCAUUCAAUUGAUUGGCAUCAUGAGGGCAAACAAUUCAUGUGCAGCCAUUCGGAUGGUAGCUUGACUUUAUGGAACCUGAAAAGCCCAAGUCGCCCUUUCCAAACCACAGUUCCACAUGGAAAAAGUCAAAGAGAAGGAAGAAAGUCUGAGUCUUGUAAACCAAUUCUUAAAGUAGAGUACAAAACUUGCAGGAACAGUGAACCAUUUAUAAUAUUCUCUGGUGGGCUGUCAUAUGACAAAGCUUGCAGAAGACCAAGUUUAACCAUCAUGCAUGGAAAAGCAAUCACAGUACUUGAAAUGGAUCAUCCUAUUGUUGAAUUUCUAACUUUAUGUGAAACACCUUAUCCAAAUGAAUGUCAAGAACCCUAUGCUGUUGCUGUACUUCUAGAGAAAGAUCUCAUCUUAGUUGAUCUGACACAAACCAAUUUUCCAAUCUUUGAAAAUCCAUAUCCAAUGGACAUUCAUGAGUCACCAGUUACAUGCACAGCAUAUUUUGCCGAUUGCCCUCCAGAUUUGAUUCUAGUACUCUAUUCUAUAGGAGUCAAGCAUAAAAAACAAGGAUAUAGUAAUAAGGAAUGGCCAGUCAGUGGAGGAGCUUGGAAUCUUGGAGCACAAACUUAUCCAGAAAUUAUUAUUACUGGUCAUGCUGAUGGAUCAAUAAAAUUUUGGGAUGCUUCUGCAAUGACUCUGCAGAUGUUGUACAAGUUAAAAACGUCUAAAGUAUUUGAAAAGCAGAAGGUAGGAGAUGGCAAACAAACAUGUGAAAUUGUGGAGGAAGACCCAUUCGCUGUUCAGAUGAUUUACUGGUGUCCAGAGAGCAGGAUAUUUUGUGUAUCAGGAGUCUCUGCAUAUGUCAUAAUUUAUAAAUUCAGCAGACAGGAAAUUACAACAGAAAUAGUGUCAUUAGAGGUACGACUUCAGUGUGAUGUUGAAGACAUUAUUACCCCCGAGCCAGAAACAAGUCCUCCAUUUCCAGAUCUCUCCUCUCAACUCCCCUCUUCAAGGAGUCUCUCCGGAAGCACUAAUACUGUGUCUAGUGAAGGAGUGACGAAGGAUAGCAUCCCGUGCCUCAGUGUUAAAACACGGCCAGUGCGAAUGCCGCCAGGCUAUCAAGCAGAUCUUGUUAUUCAGUUGGUGUGGGUAGAUGGUGAGCCUCCUCAGCAGAUUACCAGCCUUUCUAUAAGCUCAGCGUAUGGAAUAGUUGCAUUUGGAAACUGCACUGGGUUGGUUGUGGUGGAUUUCAUACAGAAGACAGUACUAUUAAGUAUGGGAACCAUUGACCUCUACAGAUCAAGUGACCUGUACCAGCGACAGCCCCGGUCUCCUCGAAAAAACAAACAGUUCAUUGCAGACAACUUUUGCAUGCGUGGGCUGUCUAACUUUUAUCCUGAUUUAACGAAACGGAUCCGUACUUCCUAUCAGAGCUUAACAGAGCUGAACGAUAGUCCAGUUCCUCUGGAACUAGAGCGUUGCAAGUCUCCCACCUCAGGACUUGCUACCAGAACUCCUGAGGCAGCACCAGGCUUUUAUAGGAAUGAAAUGCCAGCUGUGAGACAAAGGAAUCAAGUACACCACUUGCCAGUCAAAGGAUCAAGAAAGUUAAGUCUGCCAACAGAUCUUAAGGCUGAUCUUGACCAUGUAAAUGGACACUGCACAAGUCCAACCUCUCAGAGUUGCAGUUCUGGAAAACGUCUUUCCAGUGCUGACGUUUCAAAAGUAAAUCGCUGGGGUCCUGGAAGACCACCAUUUAGAAAGGCACAGUCAGCUGCUUGCAUGGAGAUUUCUUUACCAGUUACAACUGAAGAAGCCAGAGAGAAUUCCUAUAACCGCUCCAGGAGCUCCAGCAUCUCCAGUAUUGACAAAGACUCCAAAGAAGCCGUUACAGCUUUAUACUUCAUGGAAUCCUUCGCACGGAAGAAUGACUCCACUGUUUCCCCUUGUCUGUUUGUUGGAACGAGUCUGGGCAUGGUAUUACUCAUCUCCCUGAACCUACCAUCAUCAGACGAACAGAGGUUUACAGAGCCGGUGAUGGUGUUGCCAAGCGGUACAUUCCUCUCAUUGAAAGGAGCUGUGCUAACAUUUUCCUGCAUGGACAGAACUGGCAGUUUAAUGCAGCCUCCCUAUGAAGUAUGGAGGGAUCCAAACAACACAGAUGAAAAUGAAAAGACGUGGAAAAGGAAGCUGGUUAUGAACUACUCCACUUCACCCCAAGAAACAGGCGACCAUCAGUAUACAAUAAUCUGCUCAGAAAAACAAGCCAAAGUCUUCUCACUGCCGUCCCAGACCUGCCUUUAUGUUCACAACAUCACAGAGACCUCUUUCAUAUUGCAAGCAGAGGUGGUGGGCAUGUGUAACAGUGCCUGCUUGGCCUGCUUUUGUGCAAAUGGGCAUAUCAUGAUAAUGAGCUUACCUAGUCUUCGCCCAAUGUUGGAUGCAAAUUAUUUGCCACUGACAGACAUGAGGAUAGCACGGACAUUUUGUUUUACUAAUGAAGGCCAGGCAUUAUACCUCGUCUCUCCUACUGAAAUUCAACGGUUAACAUAUAGCCAAGAAAUGUGUGAUAAUAUUCAGGACAUGUUAGGCGAUUUGUUUACUCCCAUAGAGACCCCAGAAGCUCAAAAUAGAGGCUUUCUCAAGGGACUGUUUGGUGGAAGUGGACAGACAUUUGACAGAGAGGAGCUCUUCGGGGAAGCUACAGCAGGCAAAGCAUCCCGCAGCCUGGCUCAGCACAUCCCUGGACCAGGGAGCAUAGAAGGGGUGAAGGGCGCUGCUGGAGGGGUGAUGGGAGAGCUGACCCGAGCCCGAAUCGCCCUUGAUGAGAGAGGACAGAGGCUGGGUGAGCUGGAAGAGAAGACCGCAGGCAUGAUGACCAGUGCAGAAGCCUUUUCCAAGCAUGCACACGAGUUGAUGCUGAAAUACAAGGAUAAGAAAUGGUACCAGUUCUAACCGUCUAAAGGAGCUGUGACUGCGUUGAGAACCGUUAUUCAGGGAAACUAAAUUUAUUCCCAGCAUCACUAUUCAACUGCUAGAAACCAGUUUCUUCUCCAAAAUGUUCCAUUAUAGUCCAUCUGAAGUUAUCAUAAGGAGGAAUAUCAAAGGCAAAGCCGCUGUACACCAUGAAAGCUGGAACCCCGAUUAAAAUCCCAAGAUAAUGGCUGAAUCUGUCUUUUCCCCAUGUGGAAUGGAUGUUAUCAUCUUGGCAUGUAAUUUGCUAAGAAUUUGUGUUUGGAAACUAUUGGAGAGUCCUUUUGAUUUGAAAUUUCCUGUACAAACAAAAGCAUUAAUGCACUUAAUGAAAAAAAUCUUUGCAUGAUAAAUUAACAUCUUAAGAGGAAAAGAAACAAAAGCAUGUUAUAACAGAAGAAAAAAGGAUUUAUGGUAAACUACUUUUAUGAAUUGGGCCACACCCAACAAUUUUAAAAUCUGCAUUAGAAGAUAUCAGUGCAUUUCAAGUGUAUCUGCCAUACCCAACCGAAAAGGAAUCAAAACAAACCCAGAAUUUCUUCUCAUCUGAAACUUUCCUUAGUGUACUAGGACCUUACUGAAUUCUUAUAAGCAAGAAUUUGAUUAACAUUUUUCUCUCUCCAUAGUCGUUCACAUCAUUUCCAGCUCUCAUUCCUAAUCAAGUAUUGCCAGUCUAGGGAAGUGUUCCCAACACUCUCAUUUCUAUUUCUGUCCCCUCCAGGAGGAAUUCCUGGUGUUAGUCAUCAGCCGAGCAGGGUUGAAUCACCUCCGAGCAUUUUUUCAGCCUGGUUUAUAUUCUACAGAGGAGUUGGCAAUAAGUUUGCAGAAACUAGACUAUAGGAACAAUGCAGUUAGUCUGGAGAACUGAUUUCACAAAGAGUGGAAUUUCACAUACCCCAAUUUCAGUUUCCAAAGCGAUAUAUUUUUAAAGCACCAUUUGUAUCCUUAUCUGCCAAUUACACAGUAUAUUACUGUUCAAACCCAAUAGGGUCUACAAUCCCAAGGUGCUUGUGCAGCCUGACAUUCACAGACCAAACUGGUCAUCCUCGUCAGUGUGAUUCAGUAAAACCUCAGUUAAUGUUUCAGGAAAGAGAUUCUGAGUUAUUACAUUUCUGAUUCAUAAGGGCUUUCAUUAGAAAAUAUUUUGGGGUUCAACACUUAUUAAUGGGAACCUUUGUGAAACCUAGUGGUGUUUCAACUGUGUUGGCCACAGCCAUCAUUAUGAAUAACACAAAUCCAUAGAUAAUUUAAUGAUACAAAAUCAAUAAUUUUGUCACUAAUUAGAUUGACAGAUAUGUCACAGUAAUGUGUCAGUAAAUACCAAACACCUCCUUAAAAACUCUAAAAAGUAAAGACUAGCUCUAUCAUGAUAAAAUUAUCUGUGAUAACCCAGCAGAGAAGCACUACAAAGAAAAAUAAAUAUGACUCCUACUCACUCUAUUGAACAUGCUUGGAAGUCAGAAUCUUAAGAUUCACUUGAUAGUAUGUUGUUCCUGUUUUUAAAAUCUUGAAUUAUGUGAUUGAUUGGUUUACUGACUUUUGGUGGUUUGAGGCUUUGCUGGGUUUACAUUGGUGUUUAAAAUAUCACCAUUUCCUUAAGUCCAACUUCAUAUACAAAAUUACCAUUUUCAUUGGUUUUAUAUUUUUUGUUUGAAGUGGUACUUUCUUUAAAUUUUUCUCAGUAAUUUUGAAAAGAGAGCAAAGGAUUAAAAGAGCUAGAAUAUGCACACCAGAGUAGCAUUUCUCAGAAGCUUUGCAUUCUGAUUUCUUAAAAACAUCUCUCCAUAAAUCCACCUCCAGGAAUAGUGUUAGCAUAAGAGAACUUGGCUUGGAAAUACAGACAAUAGACACGUUUAUACAGUAAAAAUAUUAAUGAAAUUUAAGGCCAGGACCUUGAAACAUCGGCAGCCAAAUUGCAGCACACAAUUUAUACUAUCUGUUUUAAGGACACCAAGUUUCUGAGUUCUCUGGAUACUUUAACAUUUCUACAUUUUAAAAUUACCGAAAAGAAUGAUAUUUCUUUUGUUUUGAAAUAGUGAAACUCAACCCAAAGCAGCAUUGAAUUCAAUGACUAUCUCCGAAACUCCCAGGAAUAUUUGACUUGUUUUAGAGAUAUAGCUCAGGGUAGAGUGCUUGGCCACCUUAUUCAAAACUCUGUUCAGUCCCCAAUCUCACACACACACACACACACACACACACACACACACUAACACACACACACUUGUUCCAUAGCAAGAGUUCUCAAUAGCAUCAUUAGCACUAAUUCUUCUCUAGCAUAUUGUGGGAUGUUAACAAUGCCCUUGGCCCCUGCCCUUUAGAUGCCAUUAGAAACCUGCUACUAAUGACAAUUUAAAAAAUUGACAAAAUUGCUUUCAUUUGAGAGCUACUAGUUUACAUCAUUUAAAGAGAAAGACUAUGAAAUAUAUAAUGUAUGUUUUUACAGAAAACAGCAUACUAUAAGAGCACAUUGUCUUAGCAAGAGAAGUCCCACCUAAAAUUAUGUGUGAUUCACAUACAAUAGAGCUCAAUUUUGAAGAAUCAGUGAACAAUUACAGCCUAUUUCAAAGCACACAGAGAAUGCAUCAAAAAGGACAUGCACACUUUAUGAUAGGCAUGCUUAAAAUUCUGGCUUCAGCAAACAUAUCUAAAACUGUAUAAAUAGACAUCAUUUGGAAUAGGUGCUUCUGCCAUGCUUGAAAAGAACAAGGUCUCAUAAAUGUUUAAAGCUUAGAUGUGCUUAUAAAAUUGUUUGCCAAGCCCUUUCAUAAUAUAAGGGUAACUUAUCCCACAAAUCAGUGAUUAGCAGAAUCCAAAUUAAUGAGGUUUUACUGUAUCAAAAUUAUUUUUAUAAUUCAAAGAGAUAGCAAUAACAAUUUAACCAUGGGUGUGAUUUUUUCUCUCUGAGCAUUUCUAUUCUGUUGGAUUAACCUUAACACACACACAUACACACACACACACACACACACACACACACACUCACCACCACUACCACCACCAACACUUCAUCAUCAUGCUAUCUUAGGGAAAUAAGUAGUGUUAUACAUGGAAUCUUUUGAAUUUUCUCAUCUCUCUUCUGUCUUGGACCAUAAGAAAAACCACUCCCCGAAACAUUAAUAGUGCUACAGAAGGUGACCCCGAGUCUUGGUUACUAUCAAAUUGCAUUGUAUCUACGAAGUAGCAUCAAAGUAUAAGGCUUGCAAAGCACCAUCUGCACAAGGCGACUUUACCUCCCAAUUUUUUUCCUCAACAGAAAAGCCCUUCUUAGUGUUCCAGUGGAAAGCAGACCUAUCAUUCUAGUCACCGAUAAUAGAAAAGAAGACGUGUGUGUUUCCCUUGUUCUAACAGUAAUGUAAGCAAUGGUCCCACCGUGAAACCAUCCAUUUGUCCUGGGGUUUGGGUGGAGGGUGAUUGACUUAUCACUUAUUUCAAUAAGUACUUUUGACUUUGCUUCUACACUUCACUGAGUCCCAGACUUAGUACUCAGUCACCAUGGGAGCCAUUGUGUGUUGUGUGACUUCAGCAUCAGGAACAAAACUGAGAUCGUUUCCAGCAAUUCCGUCAUAGAAACAUUUCUCAAAUCUCUUGGAAUCGAUUCUCAAUAAAAUCUAGGUCUCUAACCCUAAAAAAUUUGAAGAGACCUUAAAUGAUACGGUUCCCUUUUAUAUGACCCACCAAUGCCAUUUUAAAGGUAUCAUUUAUCCAUUAUCUGUGCCAGUUUGAAAAAAGAAAGAGUAAGAUUAGGCCCAAGAUUGGUUGAAAAUUAAGAUAGGUUCUUUGAGAUAUUUAGCUAUCAGGCAUUUGGACAGAGGAAUACAAUGAAGCUAGCCUGGAAAGGAAAACGAUUAGACAGUCUUUGCAUCACAAGCUUCUUUGGGGGAGGGCACCAACACUGCCCCCGACUGCACUGGUUCACAGGGAGCAGUCACAAAGCCAGCACGUCAGAGCCAGUCUUGCUCAUUGUGUGUUAGGAAAAGCACCCACCUCCCAGGGUCGCCUGCUGUCACUCAGCCCCAUCUUAGGUGGCAGCCUGGUGUAUGCACACUGCUCAGAGUUUCUGAGAUAACUGUCACCAACUUAGGCUGAGCAUUGUCGCUCAUGUGCAAGAUUCUAGGAAGCAUGGCUGCUCAGAAGUUUAGUAUUCUUAUCUACAGACCACAUAGCCCUGGAUGGAAGAAAUAGGUAAGGUCUCCUGUGGACAUGGGGGAGAAGGUGCAGUGUGGUGUGGGGAGUGUGGGUGUGGGGAGGGGUAUGAGAGUCUGAGGAAAAUGAGGUUUUGAUGCAACCAGAGCCCAGGCAAAUGCCUGGGUUUGUAUCUUCUUUCGGCUAGUAUCUUUUGGUGUGUAUCCUUUUAAGUGAAGCCUUGGCUGUAUGUAAUAGUCACUUGAGAUUUUUACAUUCCCAAUGAUUUCAAAAAGUCUUAGACUGGGGACAGAACAUCAGUAUUUUUGAAAGUCCUAAAAGUGGGUGUGUGUCCAGCCAAAGUUGUAAAGCACUGCUGCUUUAUGACUAAGACAGAUUUUUCUUGUCUUCCUGGGCUGAUAUCUUAGCCGCUUCUAAGGGAGCGGGGAAGGCAGAAGGUAAGAGACGCAGCCUCUCACAGAACAAAGUGAGUGCACAUUUCUAAUCAGGCAGCUCCACUGAUUCUUUGUAACUCUAGAAUGUUAUUCUGUAUGAUUUGAUCUUGAGUUAUUUGAGUCAAAGUUGUAAGUUUGGGCUGCCUUUUACAUAAAGUACCAGAAAUAGCACCAUAAGUUCAACAGUAAAGAAAAUUAAUUCUCAAUAUCUGGAAAAUGGAAAUUCUCAAAGUAAUUACAUACUAUAUCAGCUCCAAGUUUAUCAUGCACCCUCCUGCUGGAGCAGACAUGGCGAGUGACCCCUGCUUUCCAGCUGGUAUCCUACUGGACCUGAUUCAGCAAACAGGGAGAAGUGUUUGGGUGUUGUCUCAACAUCUCCCAGGGCCACUUGAUUCUGUUCUCUAACUUAUUGGGUAUGUGGGUAAAGGGAAAAUCACCACCUGAACACCAGGGCUCUGAAAAAGUGCUUCUACCCCCAGAAAGGAAUAGCCCAGCCAAUGGGAGGCACUGACACACAGAAAACAUUCAGACUUCUGUCCCUCCCGCCACUUCCCCUCCUGACUUGGCCCACCCUUCUCAACUGCAAAGCCAGAAGAUACACUAGGUGGUGGUUUUGGAUAGUUGUACACAGGAUCAAAAUCUCUAAUAACCUAUAAUUUUUAGUACUUAAUUAUGUGAUGUUUUAUUCUAGGAAAUAAGAGACAGACAACACCAUUGAUGUAUCUUUCUUUCAUCUUCAGAAUUUUUGCAUCUUUUCAAAAAAUGACAAAUUACUAUUUUUCUGUUGCAUUCAGCAAUUGUGACUAUACCUAAAAUUCUUGUAGUCUGUAGAGCUAUCAAUAAAAUUGUAUAUGUUUGUACAUAGACGCUCUCCUAUGUCAUGAUGUCAUGUACUAUUGAUUUUUGCCAAGAUUAAAUAUAUAGAGGUAAAGCCCUCAUUUGCAAACUGUGAACUAUGGUUUUACCAAGAAUGAAUGUUUAUAAAAGACAUGGAGGGGAUGGGAGAACAUAUUUAUUUGAGCAGAAAAGGAAACAAGAUCCCAGUUUCCAAAAUGUAUAGAUUCCAUUACAAUUAAUUGAUUGAAAGUGUUAGAGGUAUCCAUUCAAAUUUUCUAUCAAAUUUGGGAUAUAUGUAACAUUUUAGUGAAAAUUUUAAAGACAACUUGCAAGGCUACUGAUUGAAUAAUAUUUAUGAUGGAAUGAAAGUAAAAUGAAAUUUAUUAAUAGUGCCCCUAAGACACUGUUGUGGCUUAAGGACUUAAAAACUCACACUGGCCUUGACUUCCUUCUUUUUCAGUUCAAGCAGAAUGAAUUUGUUGUGAGUUUAUACUACCAUCUAGUGGUCAUCAUCAGCAUCCCUCAACCCCAGAUGAACUAGUCGGAUUUGUUUGGCUUUCAUCAGCAUAGUUAAUCCCCAUUCUGGCAUUUUCUUUAGAUGUAUAUACUGGAGGCCUAAACCAGCUAACCUUAUUCUUCCAAGGUCUAAUUAUCUUAGGAAAAUUCAUCCCCCACCACAAGUUUUCACCUAUAGGUGGAUCUAUAUAAAAUUGAAAAAAUAACAACUAGCCCUAGGCUUAAAAAUAAUUUUGAGUAAAAAGACGAAUAUAUAGAUCCUUUAAAACAUAAAUGCUAAUUUCUAUUUCAUAUUUUUCUCGGGAGGACCAGUUUUUCUCAUCUUCCAAUUACAACGACCCAAGCCCACAAACCCGCAUUCUGCAUUCUCUGCUGCAUCUUCCUCCCUCUCAUUCCUUCAGUCACCCUCUCUUCCUCCCCUUACCCAUUUCCUUCCUCAAGUCUUGCCCUCCAUUCACUCUCCUGGAGUAGAUUAACCGUGGGGCCUCACAUACAGGCUGACCUCACUGGAUAGGGCUAGAGGAGCAGACCAAAGAAAAAUGGAGCUGGGGUGAAGGGUGGCAGGUGAGACUUAGGUGGUCAGUGACCAUGGGAUUUGAGGUCUUUGGAGCAGGGCAGACGGCAACCCAUCUGGCUUAGGAGAGUGGCUCAAUUCAAGGAAUUGAGCGCCUAAAGAAAUUCACUGAAGACAUGGGAGCCAAGUUUCUCACACAUGGAAAUUGUAGACGGGUAUACAACUAAAAGAGGAAACUAGACAAGCUAUGAAUUUUUGUGGUGCUUCGUAUGAAUAACUGAAGUUCAUCAUUUUUAAUGUUUCAAAAUAGGUAAAGGAGAGGAUUUUUAAAUGUUUCACCACAAAGAAUGAUAGUUGAGAUGAUGACCAUGAUAAACAGUCUGGUAUCAUCAUUCCAUAAUGCAUAUAUUACAAAACUAUCAAAUUAUUCCCUAUCAAUAUAUAAUUAUUAUUUCUCAAUUAAAAAUAAUAAACCUUCUUAAAGAAGAAAAGGUAAGAUAAGCCUGGCAAUGUCGAUUAGAAUUGGAGUUAUUAGUGUGAACUGUAUAUGUUUGUGCACAUAUAUAUCAUUGUAUCUAUAUAAAUAGUUAUAUA